GAAAAGCUAGCGAAACCCACCAAAACUUGAAUCCUUUCCAACUCCUUUCAUCUCGAACUAUUCGUCUUCUUAGCCGUCACUCAUUCCGCGUGCAUUAAUCUCCCCAGGAACCGGUCAGCCACCUCCAGCCCCGUCUGCUCGCUACAGUGAUAGUCCGGCUUGCCCUUCUGCGAUCAAACGUGUUCUCUCCCUGUCGGACACAGUCGGGAUUGCGAUUGAAGCAGUCCCGUUUUCGGCCUAUACCCCAGAGUCCAGCUGGCGAAUAGGAUCGUGUAAAGACAUUCGCCUACCCAUUGACGCUUGCACCUAGCUUCAUCAUCAUCAACAACACCCAGCAUGGCCACGAUUGUUGAGAAGCGGGAUGGCCAGACCAUCUACCGGUCUCCCGAUACCAUCGACAUCCCCAACGUUGACCUGCUUACGUUCCUCUUCGACUUACCCAACGAGAGACUUCGUGAUGACACAAUCCUCCACGUCGACGCGGCUGACCCGUCUCGGUCCAUCACAAAGUCACGUCUCGUGAAGGCCGUGAAACAGCUAGCCCACACCCUGCGGCACCGCUACAACAUCCGCAACGGCGACGUCGUCCAAGUCAUCUUCACCGGCCAUUACAUGGCCCCGGUCGUCUUCUACGGCAUCAUGGCUGCGGGGGGCUCCGUCGCCUCUUCCUCCCCGUCGUCUUCCCCGUCUGAAGUUGCCCGGCAGAUUAACCUGACGGAGAGCAAGAUGGUGAUCUGCAGCCCCGACAUCAAAGCCCUCGCCGUCACUGGGGGCACGUCAGCCGGUUUGCCAGACGACUGCAUCCUCUACAUUGGCGACAGCCAAGAGUUCCAGCUGUUCGAGGCAAAGUCCGACAAGCAGCUAUCCCUGUCGGGGGAGGAGCUCGACUGGGAACGCGUCACGGACCGGACGAACCUGGAGAACACCGUCGGGUGCUUCAUCUACAGCAGCGGCACCACAGGCAUGCCCAAGGCGGUCAAGAUUUCCCACGCCAACAUGAUCGCACAAGCCUUGUGCAUCACCACGCCGACGAUAAAGUACUAUCACAAGGACGGGCCGGGGAUGAAGUUCAUCACGCUCGGCCACCUGCCCGCGGCCCACAUCUCCGGCCUCCAGGCCUACAUCGUCAACCAGACGUAUAUGGGAGGGGUGGUCUACUGGAUGAAGAAGUUCAACUUUGUCGACUUCAUCGAGAACAUCAAGAAGUACAAGGUCAACUACAUGUUUAGCGUGCCGCCCAUCUACCUCAUGAUCGCAAAAUCCCCGCUCGUCAAGGACCACCUCGACAGCGUCGACUUCGCGCUGACGGGGGGCGCCGCGCUAGGCAGGGAGACCCAGGUGGAGGCGCAGAAGAAGAUGGGCCGGGGCAAGGCGCUCCUCGCCCAGACAUGGGGCCUCAGCGAGACGACGGCCGGGUUCACGCUCCUGCCCCGCCACCUCACGGACGACACCGGCAGCGUCUCGAUGAUCGUGGCCAACUGCGAGGCCCGGCUGGUCGACGACGAGGGCAGAGACGUCGAGGUCGGGCAGCCCGGCGAGAUGUUGUGUCGCGGCCCGAUCAUCACGAAAGGGUAUUACAAGAACGACAAGGCAAAUCAGGAGGCUUUUGUGGACGGCUGGUUCUGCACCGGCGACAGACUACUUUUCAAGGACGGCAAGUUCUACUUUGUGGACCGCAAAAAGGAGCUCAUAAAGUACAAGGGCAUCCAAGUGGCCCCGGCCGAGCUCGAGGCUCUGCUGGUCACGCAUCCCAAGAUUCAGGAUGCUGCAGUCAUCGGCGUGGACGGCGAAGGCACCGAGCUUCCAAGGGCAUACGUCGUUGCCGACAAGACGCAGAUUUCUGCCGAGGAGAUCCAAAAGUGGGUGGCCGAUCAGGUUGCGAGCUACAAGAAGCUGCGUGGAGGCGUCGUCUUCAUCGAUGCCAUUCCCAAAAGCCCGUCCGGCAAGAUUCUCCGUAAAGACCUUAGAGCAUUGGUGAAGCGUGAGGCCGGUGCAAAGCUUUGAGGCAACGAAACUGGUGGGUGUGUGUCACCAUUAGAUACGUCUUCGUCGCCUGGCCAGGACACACCGAAGCAUCUAUCCAGUUCAAAGACGUGGAAACCCGGGCCUCACUGUUCGAUACUACCAGCAAUGCACGGGAUAAUUGCAUUCAGUAAUUGACCGGGCGGUGAAUCACCGCAUCUUUUAUUUCACUUCGUGGCUGAACCAAGGUAGCAAGAAAUCCAGGCUCGAGUCAAUGGGCUCUCUAUGAGCGGCAUUGGUGACAUGAUGCGGGCGUUCAGGUUUCCGGGACUGCCGUCCAAUGAAUGAUUGGUUGACUAUAAAGUUAAAGUAACGAGGGCCAGCGGUUCAGUCCGUAUCUAUGAUCAACCACAACGUUAUAUCAAGCCCCGGCGUGAACUCAAUACAUACUGACUUUGGCCCACG